UUUCCUUUUAAGAGAAUGCCGCGUCGAUUCGACGCAAUUGCUUUGCAUGCCCGCCCCAUUUCCAUAUUGCGCUCCUUCACCAGUAGGUAUCUGCCACUCCCUCUACCUAAUCUUAUCAGUAAACGCCAUUCCCCCACCUCCUCUCACGUCUCUUAUAACCUCCUCGCCUGCAGACUCGAACAAAGCGCCGAACUCCGACGUGCACCGGCGCCCAUCAUGAGAUCCCCUCGUCGUCCUUGCUUUCUUGCCCUCCCUGUCCUCCUCCUCGUCCUCCUCGGCGCCGUCCUGCCCGCUCCCGCCGCCGCGUCUUCUGGCAAGGCUCUCGGCGGCUGGACGCCGAUCAAGGACGUCAACGACCCCCACGUUCAAGAGAUCGCCCAGUUCGCCGUCUCCGAGCACAACAAGCAGGCGAACGCCGCCCUCGCCCUUGGCAAGGUGGCGAAGGGCGAGACCCAGGUGGUGUCGGGGACGAACUACCGCCUCGUGCUGAGCGCGAGCGACGGGAGCGGCGCGUCGGCGAAGUAUGAGGCUGUGGUGUGGGAGAAGCCGUGGGAGAAGUUCCGGCAGCUCACCUCCUUCAAGAAGCUGGUCAACAGCUAAAUAAUAAGCGCACCUACGAGUCGCCGUACUUGUGUCGUCGAUCUUCUCCGAUCAGUAAAGCCAAUAAGAUCUCGAUCACUACGUCUCAUGUUCUAUUGCUCCUGUGAUGUUGAAUAGUGUGUGAGGGAGUAAUAUAUCGUAAGAAAUGUCUUCUGGUUCUCUUCUUCUCGGUGGAUCUGUUCGAGAUGGCUCUU